AUGGCUCUUUCAGAUUCUGGUGAUGACACAGAAGCACAUCGCUCUAUCGAUUUAAAUGAGAAGCGUGGUGGCUGGAUCACUUUACCGUUCAUCCUCGUAACAUUGUUAGGCAUGUCUAUAACUUCUUUCGGAUGGGGAAUGAACUUGAUCGUUUUCUUGAUUGAGGAGUUCAACAUCAAGAACAUCGCUGCUGCUCAGAUUUCUAAUAUUGUCAAUGGAGUUGUCAACAUGUUACCUAUUGUUGCAGCCAUCUUAGCCGAUUCAUAUUUUGGCAACGUUCCUGUUAUCGCGGUUUCCGCUUUCGUUUCUCUGACUGGAAUCUCUCUGUUAACCUUAAUCACAUCUUUGGACUAUUUGAUACCAAGACCGUGUGAAACAGGCUCAGUCCUAUGCCAAUCGCCAUCGAAACCACAACUAGGGAUAUUGUAUGCAGCCUUAGCUCUAGUGAUCGUUGGAUCAGCUGGAACGCGGUUCACCUUGGCAUCUGCAGGUGCAGACCAAUAUAAGAAACCUAAAGAACAAGGAACCUUCUUCAACUGGUUCUUCGUGGCGCUAUAUACAGGAGCUAUUACUGGAACAAUAGCAAUUGUAUAUACACAGGACAAUAUUAGCUGGAAACUCGGGUUUGGUCUCUGCGCGGUUGCUAAUUUGAUCAGUUUUAUCGUUUUCGUUGCGGGGAAGAGAUUUUACAAGCAUGACAAACCCUUGGGAAGUCCAUAUACAAGUUUGGUCCGCGUAUUAGUUGCUGCUACGUUGAAAAGAAAGGCUGUGGUUUCAUCUAGAGGUGAAGACUAUCAUCACUAUGGUCUCGGAACAAAGGUGAAGACUUCUUCUGCAAUGCCCUCAAAGAGCUUUAGGUUCUUGAACCGUGCAGCAUUGAAGACUGAUGAAGAUUUAACUAGUAACACGUGGAGACUAUGUUCUGUUCAAGAAGUUGAAGAUUUCAAAGCAGUUCUUCGACUUCUCCCUCUCUGGGCAGCUGUCAUGUUCCUCAGCACCCCUGUGGCUGUGCAAAUGAGCAUGACGGUCCUCCAAGCUUUGGUCGUAGACCGCGAACUUGGCCCGCACUUCAAAGUAUCUGCUGGGUCUCUCCAAGUCAUAGUACUCUUAUCUGGAUGUGUCUUUAUCAUGCUCAACAACUGGACUAUCUAUCCCAUGUACCAGAAGCUAAUCCGCAAGCCGCUAACACCACUUAAACAAGUUGGGAUAGGCCAUGUUUUCACCAUCCUAAGCAUGGCGGUAUCAGCUAUUGUUGAAGCUAAGAGGCUGAAAACAGUUGAUAAUGGCCAUCCAAUGUCAGUGCUAUGGCUGGUUCCUGCUCUUGUCCUAGUUGGAAUAGGCGAGGCGUUUCAUUUUCCGGCUAAUAUCGCAGUAUUCUAUGGAGAAUUCCCCGAGUCUCUGAGAAACACCGCGACUUCAUUAACCUCGGUGGUGAUUGGAAUAUCUUUCUAUCUUAGCACAGCGCUUAUCGAUGUGAUCCAAAGAACCACCGGGUGGUUACCAGAUGACAUUAACCAUGGAAGAGUUGAUAAUGUUUACUGGGUCUUAGUUAUAGGAGGAGUCUUGAACUUUGGUUAUUUCCUUGUCUGCUCUUGGCUUUACAAAUACAGAAACCUCAAGGAGAAUGAUCAACAACAAGAUCUUAAAGAUGGUACAACCUAAAGACACAACAUGUUCUCUGGGAACUCAUUGUUUGAACGUUUCCAUUUACCACUUUACAACUGUGUUUUCCUUUUAUAUUUUCACCACUCUGUAAAGAGUAUAAUUAUGUAGUUUCUUCGUAAAUGAUCAUUAUGAGAUAAUUGAAGACGUAUUCCAAAA